AUGACGCAGCACCCGCCAUCCUACAACGCUCCCUCGGAGUCGUCGCUGCCCGUACCGCCCUACGUCGGCAACAACGUUACCCUCUUUCCGUCAAAGGCGCCGUGCAGCCUGUCGCUGCGCAACAUCGACAAGUCCGACUGCGACAUUGUCGCCUCCAACCUCGACGACGGCGACAAGCUCGUCUUUGUCGUCCACGUGCCCACCAGCUCCACGUCCAAGUCGAGCUACGCCGCCGUCCAGGCCAAGCUCGCAAAGGCCGUCAAGGAUCUCGAUGCGGCAUGGAGCCUCGCGGGCUGGAUCAGCGUGUCGAUUGAUGGAAACAUCCCCUAUGUCAUCCGCAAGUCGGACACGACGGCGACGUACGAGGUCGUCUCGUUGAGCGCGCCCUUUUCCCUCUACUCGUCUCCCAGCUCCUCGUCGAGCAUCACCUCGAUGCCCCGCCUGGGCGAGACGCGCAAGCUGACGACCAAGACGACCCUCUUCAAGACAAAGUACCUCUUCUCGGGCCCCAACGGCCGCGAGUGGGCCUGGAAGGGCAACGUGUCGCGCACCCUGUCGCUGUACGAGUACCCCUCGAGCGGCGCCCCCUCGUCGGCGGCGGCGGCGACGGCCAACGGCGACCAGGCGUCAAAGUCGGGCAGCUCCACCCCGGCCAACUCGAAAACGCUCCUGGCCGAGCUGACGCGCUUCACAAACGGCGCCGCGCUGUGGUGCAACACCGACUCGGCCGCGACGGCCAGCCUGAUCCUCGCCUCGCUGCUGCCCCUCCUCUUCACCCACCGCACCUACCUCGCCGUGCACUACACGAGCGACGCCGACCUCGACCGCCUCCAGACCCAGGUCCGCCCCUCGAACUGGGACGCCUUUUUCCUCUCGGGCGGCAAGGGCAGCGAAAAGCAGGAAAAGUUCAAGGCGCAGAUGGAAAAGGAGCGCGAACGCGAGCGGAGGGAGCGCAGCCAGAGCCGCAACCGCAACGAGGUGCAGGGCGUCAUCCCGGCGCUGCCGGAGCGCAAGAGCAUGAGCCGGAGCAGGCUCAACAGCAACAACCACACCGACGACGACCGCAAGGCCGGAUCCAGCGACGACGAGGACCUCGACGACAAGCGCGGGAGGCAGUAG